AGAGACGUCCCAAGACCCUGCAUCUAUUUGUCGCGACAAGGCUUGUGGCACUCUGUGAUACUUUUGAAUCUCCGAGCCCGACGCCUGAGGGCGAGAUGAACGCGCUGGCCUCCCGAGACGUCCGGACCUGUGAUCGUUUCUGGCAGCCCGAGCCGGCGCUUCUACCUCCGGGGUGACGCGCAGUCCCCAGACGCCCAGACAGAUGGCUCCAGGCCAAGGGCACCAUCACUCCACCCUCUGGAGGGAUACCCAUGCCUUCUACCUCCUGUCCCCACUGAGGGGCUUCCUCAGUCGGGCCUGGAGCCGCCUGAGGGGCCCAGGACCACCAGAGCCCUGGCGUGUGGAAGCAGUAAUAGGAGCUGAUCAGGUAGAAGCUGGCCUGGAGCUAGACACUAAGGAUGCUUUGGCCACCCCCUAUAUCCUCUGUGGCAGGCAUCCUCAAAGGGACGUGGAAGACAGUGGUGUACCUGAAGACAAAGGAGAAGCAGACCAGGUGCCUUGCCUUGGCCUGAAAGCCAAUAGUUCUCCUGAAACUUGGGGACUUUCAGAUGGUGACGAUGAAGAAUAUUGUGAGGAAGAAGGAAACAGCGUCCCUAGAGAGCAGGGAAGGGAAUUUAAAGAUGGCCAGCCUGCACACUUGUCCCCUGUCCUUCUGAUAAGAAGCCUGCAAAAUUCUGAUAGGAACACUGGGGAGGAGGCUGCCGAAGAAGAGGGAGUUGGUCACCACGAGGGAGUGACUGAGUUUUCUUAUCCAUCACCACAUUGGGAGGGUUGUCCAGCAGUUGAGGAGGCGGAGGAUGGAGAAACUGUCAAGAAAGAAGUGCCAGGAGCCUCUCCUUCCCCCAUAUCUCCAGGAUUCAAGCCCAGCUCUUGGGUGUCUUGCCCAGGGGAGAAAGAAGAUCAAACCACGGAGGAAAAAGGAACCGAAAAUAAAGGAGCCAGGGAGGCCUCCAUUUCCCCUGCAUCUUCAGGCUCCAACCCCAAGAUCUGGGAGUGUUGCUUAGGAGAGGCUUCUAAGGAAAAGGGAGACACAGCUGGGGAAGGAGGUGACCCAGAGCCUGGUGCCUUAGUUCCAGCUCAGAGGUCCCUAUGCAGGGCUUUUGACUGUGAACCCAGUAAGAAAAACACAGAGAAAGAGGAGGAGGUCAGUGCUUUAGGAGUAGCUGAGAAGGAAGGAGGAGCUGAGAGUCCUUCCAUCCCUCUGACCUGUGCCUCCGUGAGGGCCUGGGUAUUUCAGACAGGAGAGGAUACGGAAGAUGAAGACAGUGAUUCAGGAUCAGCUGAGAAAGAGGGAGAAGCUGAUUCUUCCUCUUCCACCCCCACUACAAGUGCCUUCUUAAAGGCCUGGGUGUAUAGGCCAGGAGAGGACACAGAGGAUGAAGACGACAAGGACAGUGAUUUGGGAUCAGCUGAGGAAGAGGGAGAAACUGAGGCUCCUUCUUCCGUCUCCUCUACAAAUGCCUUCUUGAAGGCCUGGGUGUAUAGGCCAGGAGAGGACACAGAGGAUGAAGACGACGAGGACAGUGAUUUGGGAUCAGCUGAGGAAGAGGGAGAAACUGAGGCUCCCUCUUCCAUCCCUCCUACAAGUGCCUUCUUGAAGGCCUGGGUGUAUCGGCCAGGAGAGGACAAAGAGGAUGAAGAUGAUGAGGACAGUGAUUUGGGAUCAGAUGAGGAAGAGGGAGAAACUGAGGCUCCCUCUUCCACCCCUCCUACAAGUGCCUUCUUGAAGGCCUGGGUGUAUCAGCCAGGAGAGGACACGGAGGAGGAAGAUGAGUGUGAGAAGCAUGAGGACAGGCUUGAUGAUUCAGAGGCAGGUGAGGGAGGAGAAGCAGCUGACUCAGAUUCAUAUCCCUCCCUUCUUGACCAGAGCAUCCCCCUCAGGGGCUGGAUCUGUCGACUUGGAAAGGAGGCAGAGGAAGAAGCAGCCAUCAAGAAAAGGAAGGAAGCUGAGCCCUGCCCUUUGCAAGUGGCCAUCUAUUUGCCUGGAGAGAAGCCACCACCUCCCUGGGCUGCUCCUAAGCUGCCCCUCCGACUGCAAAGGCGGCUCAAGUUGUCAGAAGCUCCCGCCCAGGUUUCAGACCCUGAAACUCCCCUAAAGGCCAGAAAGGUCCGUUUUUCUGAGAAGGUCACUGUCCAUUUACUGGCUGUCUGGGCAGGGCCGGCACAGGCCGCCCGCCGGGGCCCCUGGGAGCAACUCGCCCGGGAUCGUAGCCGCUUCGCCCGCCGCAUCGCCCGGGCCCAGGAGGAGCUGGGCCCCUGCCUCACCCCCGCCUCCCGGGCCACAGCUUGGGCACGACUCGGGAACCCACUGUCUUUUCUGUCCCCGGUACCUGCCCCUACCCAGCUCCUGCCUCCCCCCUGCGACCCUUCGGAGACCCCGCCCAGGCCACGCCCCUGA